ACUCAGGCCCAAGCUGUUGUUGAAAGCCCAUCAACUGCCUCGCUCAUCGCCCUUUCGAACAAUCAUUCAUCUUGCCCCUUUGUGUAGUCUCUUCUCAUUCUAACCAGGGGAAGGGAAGCAUCGAUACAGAGGGGGAGAUAGACAGAAAGAGAAGAUGUUUUUCCACAUAGUAUUGGAAAGGAAUAUGCAAUUGCAUCCACGCUACUUCGGCCGCAACCUUCGCGAUAAUCUGGUCUCCAAGCUCAUGAAAGAUGUCGAGGGCACUUGCAGUGGUCGGCAUGGAUUUGUGGUGGCAAUAACCGGCAUAGAGAACAUUGGGAAAGGGUUGAUCCGAGAUGGAACAGGAUUUGUGACAUUUCCAGUGAAGUACCAGUGUGUUGUGUUCAGGCCGUUUAAAGGAGAGAUUCUGGAAGCUGUUGUUACCAUGGUAAACAAGAUGGGAUUUUUUGCUGAAGCUGGACCAGUUCAAAUUUUUGUUUCAAACCAUCUAAUACCUGAUGAUAUGGAGUUUCAAUCUGGAGAUAUGCCAAACUAUACAACUUCGGAUGGAUCAGUUAAGAUUCAGAAGGAUAGUGAAGUGCGAUUGAAGAUAAUUGGGACUCGAGUUGAUGCUACAGAAAUUUUUUGCAUCGGCACUAUAAAGGAUGAUUUCCUGGGAGUGAUAAACGAUCCAGCAACUGCUUAGUGGAUUUGUUUACCCGAAUCUUCCAUGGCAUCAAAGUUUCCCUAUUGGAAUGCAUUCUCUUGUUACUGGUUCUUGUAUAUUUUCGGAGGGAAUUUUUUUCCUUUACUCAUAAUCUUAAGAAACACUAUUACAAUGUAAUGCUAAAUCACUGCUAUGUGUUUCUUUUCCAGGCAAUUGAAAUUAGAACGUUGUAAGACAUACUUUAUUUUGAACUAUAAUUGUUGAUUGUAUCUUUCAUCUUGAAGGGCUAAGAAUUUGAUCUUUUAAA